AUGAAGAUUCAGGCUAGGCGUCAGGAAUACCCUUACGAUGGUAGAGGAAAAUCUUUUGCAGUUAAUCCACCGUCAGACUUGAAUUUUACAAUUAUAGAUGAACAUAAUGUUCAAAUGUCAUGGAAAAGGCCACCUGAUGCAAUAGUGGGUUACAGGAUAACGGUGGUCCCUACAAAUGAUGGACCUACUAAAGAAUUUACUCUUUCACCUAGUACUACCCAAACUGUCCUAUCAGAUCUUAUACCUGAUAUAGAGUACGUUGUAUCAAUAGCUUCAUAUGAUGAGAGAGAGGAGAGUCUACCUGUUUUUGGUCAACUGACAAUUCAGACAGGUGGUCCAGGAAUACCAGAGGAAAAGAAGGUUGAGACUCAGUUACAAAGAUGUUCCAUAAGUGCAGUGACAGAUUUAGUUUUCCUGGUAGAUGGUUCUUGGAGUGUAGGAAGAAAUAACUUCAGAUAUAUUGUGGACUUCAUGGUUGCCCUUGUAUCAGCUUUUGACAUUGGGGAGGAAAAGACAAGAGUUGGAGUUGUUCAGUACAGUUCAGAUACAAGAACAGAGUUCAACUUAAAUCAGUAUUUCAGAAGAAGUGAUCUUAUUGAUGCAAUUAAAAGGAUACCUUACAAAGGUGGCAAUACAAUGACAGGUGAAGCUAUUGAUUACCUAGUUAAAAACACCUUUACUGAGUCUGCUGGAGCAAGAAAAGGCUUUCCCAAAGUAGCAAUUGUCAUUACGGAUGGAAAAGCUCAAGAUGAAGUUGAAAUCCCUGCAAGAGAGCUUCGCAACAUAGGAGUUGAAGUUUUUUCUUUAGGAAUUAAAGCAGCAGAUGCAAAAGAACUCAAGCUAAUCGCAUCUCAGCCUUCCCUGAAGCAUGUUUUCAAUGUGGCUAAUUUUGAUGGAAUUACGGAUAUACAGAAUGAAAUUAUCUUGCAAGUGUGCUCUGGUGUUGACGAACAGCUUGGUGAAUUGGUUAGUGGAGAAGAAGUGGUGGAGCCUCCUUCAAAUCUAGUGGCUGGGCAGAUAUCCUCAAAAUCUGUUAGAAUCACUUGGGAUCCAUCUUCAAGCCAAGUAACUGGCUAUAGGGUGCAGUUCAUUCCAAUGAUAGCUGGUGGAAAACAACAUGCGCUGAAUGUGGGGCCUCAGACUACUGCUCUGAAUGUAAAAGAUCUUUCUCCAGACACAGAGUAUCAAAUCAAUGUUUAUGCAAUGAAAGGACUGACCCCCAGUGAGCCAAUAACUAUAAUGGAAAAAACACAACAAGUAAAAGUUCAAGUAGAAUGCUCACGUGGUGUGGAUGUAAAAGCUGAUGUUGUGUUUUUAGUGGAUGGCUCCUACAGCAUUGGUAUCGCCAAUUUUGUUAAAGUAAGAGCCUUUUUGGAAGUGUUAGUUAAAAGCUUUGAGAUAUCACCUCGCAAAGUACAGAUAAGUCUUGUCCAGUACAGCAGAGAUCCCCAUAUGGAGUUUUCUUUGAACAGAUUCAACAGAGUGGAAGAUAUAAUUCAGGCUAUUAACACCUUCCCCUACAGAGGUGGAUCUACCAACACAGGCAAAGCGAUGACAUAUGUGAGGGAGAAAGUAUUUGUUACCAGCAAAGGAUCAAGACCAAAUGUGCCAAGAGUCAUGAUUCUUAUUACUGAUGGAAAAUCAUCAGAUGCUUUUAAAGAACCUGCAGUAAAGCUGAGAGAUGCAGAUGUAGAAAUAUUUGCAGUCGGUGUGAAGGAUGCAGUGCGUACAGAGUUAGAGUUACAUACAACAGUUGAUGCUGAUGAAAUCGACCAUGUAUAA